GAUAUCAGAGUACUCUUACCUUUUACUUGAUUGAGUUCUGUCUCUGUGUGCUCUGAAGAUUCAUUUUAUCAUCAACGUGAAAGAUCUCGUGGAGAGAUCUUCAAUUUUGAGCAUCUAGUUGGUUCACUGUUUCGUUACGGUGAAAUUAGUGCGGGUUCUGAUUUUCAUGGUUUGGAAUGUUAAAUUGUGUGGCGAGAAUCUGGAUUCUGUGAUCCGGGGGUCUGCUGAUUUGAAAGUUUUCACCUCGGAAAUUGUUACUCGUCAGCUCUGUUCUUUAUUCGCGAGGACCAAUUUCGAGGCAUUAGUGUUCGGUGGAUGUACUCAGGUGUUCAAAGAUGACUGUCACGCCAAAGAUCUCCGUUAACGAUGGGAAACUGGUUGUCCAUGGGAAGACCAUACUCACUGGAGUACCGGAUAACAUUAUUCUGACCCCAGGAUCUGCAGUGGGCCUUGUUGCUGGCGCAUUUCUAGGUGCCACAGCUUCCCACAGCAAAAGUCUCCAUGUCUUCCCCAUGGGUAUCUUAGAGGGGCUUCGUUUCAUGUGUUGUUUCCGGUUCAAGUUAUGGUGGAUGACUCAGAGGAUGGGAAUAUGUGGGAGGGAUAUCCCUUUGGAGACCCAAUUCAUGUUGAUAGAGAGCAAAAAUGACGAAGCUGCUGAUCAGGAGAAUUCUCCAACCAUAUACACUGUCUUGCUUCCUCUCCUAGAAGGCCCGUUCCGUGCUGUUCUACAAGGGAAUGACAAAAAUGAGAUAGAGAUUUGCCUUGAGAGUGGAGACAAUGCUGUUGAAACGAGUCAAGGUCUUCACCUGGUCUACAUGCAUGCUGGGACAAACCCCUUUGAAGUUAUUAACCAAGCUGUCAAGGCUCUAGAAAAACACAUGAAAACAUUCCUUCACCGCGAGAAGAAAAGAUUGCCAUCUUUUCUCGACUGGUUUGGCUGGUGCACAUGGGAUGCUUUCUAUACUGAUGUCACGGCAGAGGGUGUUGAGGAAGGCCUGAAAAGCUUGUCAGAGGGGGGCACGCCACCACGCUUCCUUAUCAUAGAUGAUGGCUGGCAACAAAUUGAAAGUAAACCAAAGGAUGCUGACUGUGUCGUUCAAGAAGGAGCACAGUUUGCCACUAGGUUGACCAGCAUAAAAGAAAACGCUAAAUUUCAGAAGAAUGGACAGAGUAAUGAACAGAAUUCGGGCCUGAAGCACGUAGUAGAUGAAGCGAAGCAACGCCACAGUGUGAAAUAUGUAUAUGUAUGGCAUGCUCUGGCUGGUUACUGGGGAGGAGUGAAGCCAGCAGCCAGUGGCAUGGAACAUUAUGACACGGCCUUAGCAUACCCAGUACAGUCUCCGGGUGUACUAGGAAACCAACCAGACAUUGUCAUGGACAGCUUGGCUGUACAUGGCUUGGGUCUAGUACAUCCCAAGAAGGUUUAUAACUUCUACAAUGAGCUACAUGCUUACUUAGCUUCAUGUGGAGUAGAUGGGGUCAAAGUUGAUGUUCAAAACAUUAUUGAAACCCUUGGGGCUGGACAUGGAGGCAGGGUCUCACUCACACGCAGCUAUCAUCAGGCCCUUGAGGCCUCCGUCGCUCGUAACUUUCCUGAUAAUGGAUGUAUUGCGUGUAUGUGUCACAAUACUGACGGGCUAUAUAGUGCUAAGCAGACUGCUGUCGUGAGAGCGUCUGAUGACUAUUACCCCCGCGAUCCUGCUUCCCACACUAUCCAUAUAUCAUCCGUAGCAUACAACACACUAUUCCUUGGAGAAUUCAUGCAGCCUGACUGGGAUAUGUUCCAUAGUUUACACCCAGCGGCAGAGUACCAUGCUGCAGCUCGUGCAAUUGGUGGAUGUGCAAUUUAUGUCAGUGAUAAGCCAGGGAACCACAAUUUUGAACUUCUCAAGAAGCUGGUAUUGCCUGAUGGGUCGGUUCUUCGUGCUCAGCUACCUGGCAGGCCCACUCGUGAUUCUCUCUUUACUGAUCCAGCUAGAGAUGGGACUAGCUUGCUCAAAAUAUGGAACUUGAACAAAUGCUCCGGAGUGGUUGGGAUAUUUAACUGUCAAGGUGCUGGGUGGUGCAAGAUAGAGAAGAAGACCCGGAUCCAUAAUGCAUCUCCUGGCACACUCACAGGUUCUGUUCGUGCUUCUGAUGUUGAUCUCAUCACUCAAGUAGCUGGCGGCGAUUGGGAUGGCGACGCUAUUGUUUAUUCCUACAAAUCAGGUGAGGUGACUAGGCUACCAAAAGAUGCUUCAGUGCCAGUGACAUUGCAAGUUUUGGAGUAUGAACUAUUCCAUUUCUGUCCACUGAAGAAAAUUGCCCCAAGCAUUUCGUUUGCAGCAAUAGGGCUAUUGGACAUGUUCAACACUGGAGGAGCCGUUGAGCAGUUUGAAAUCCACAAAGCUGGUAACAAAGAACAACUAUUUGAUGGUGAGGUUCAAUCUGAGCUGACCACUUCUCUCAGCUCAAACCGCUCAGCAACGGCAACCAUUGCCCUCAAAGUGAGAGGAAGUGGCAGAUUCGGAGCGUACUCGUCCCAGCGCCCAUUGAAGUGUGCUGUAGGUGACGCCGAAACCCAUUUCGACUAUGACUCAACCAGUGGGCUGGUCACCUUCACCAUCCCAAUUCCUUCUGGGGAAAUGUACAAAUGGCCCAUAGAAAUCCAAGUUUGAGUAAUUUACGUUUAGCGUUUAGAGUGUGUUGUUUAGGAGAGCAGGUUGGUUUGUUACUUUGUUCAAGUGUUUAGUGAUUACUAUUAGCUGGAGAAUAAUGGGUAGCUGCUUUUUUUUUUUUUAACACCUAUGCAAAAGUGCUAGAGAUGUGGCGUCGUCAUGUUUCUGUCGAAUAAAAGCUCUCGUCUUUACUAAUCUUACUUCUUUUUGUUUUGCCGUU